GGAGCUGUUCAGUCCUAUGCAUUCGAACUUAAUUUGCCAGAUUCAAAAGCUACUUGCCUUUUUGCCAAAUGGAAGAUGAAUUUCACAAUAUCCUAUGAAACUACAACAAACAAAACCCUUAAAACUGUAACCAUUUCAGAACCUCACAAUGUGACAUAUAAUGGAAGCAGCUGUGGUGAUGACCAGGGUGUGGCUAAAAUAGCUGUGCAAUUUGGAUCCACUGUUUCUUGGAAUGUGACUUUUACUAAGGAAGAAUCUCAUUAUGUUAUUGGCAGCAUCUGGCUCGUGUACAACACUAGUGAUAACACAACAUUUCCUGGUGCUAUCCCUAAAGGAAGUGCUACUGUUAUCAGUUCUCAGAGCAUCGAAAUUCCAUUGGAUGACAUCUUUAGGUGCAAUAGUUUACUAACUUUCAAGACGGGUAAUGUGGUCCAGAACUAUUGGGAUAUUCACCUGCAAGCUUUUGUUCAAAAUGGCACAGUGAGUAAAGAAGAAUUUGUGUGUGAGGAAGACAAAUCUGUCACCACUGUAAGACCCAUCAUUCACACUACUGUGCCACCUCCUACUACGACACCCACUCCACUGCCUCCAAAGGUUGGAAACUAUUCCGUUAGUAAUGGCAAUGCUACCUGUCUGCUGGCUACCAUGGGACUGCAGCUGAAUGUCACUGAGGAGAAGGUGCCUUUCAUUUUUAACAUCAACCCCAGUACAACUAACUUCACCGGCAGCUGUCAUCCUCAAACUGCUCAACUUAGGCUGAACAACAGCCAAAUUAAGUAUCUUGACUUUAUCUUUGCUGUGAAAAGUGAAAGCCAUUUCUAUCUGAAGGAAGUUAACGUCAGCAUGUAUAUGGCUAAUGGCUCAGUUUUCAGUGUUGCAAAUAACAACCUUAGCUUCUGGGAUGCCCCUCUUGGAAGUUCUUAUAUGUGCAACAAAGAGCAGGUUGUUUCAGUGUCUAGAACGUUUCAGAUAAACACCUUUAACCUAAAGGUGCAACCUUUUAAUGUGACGAAAGGAAAGUAUGCCACAGCUCAAGACUGCAGUGCAGAUGAAGACAACUUCCUUGUGCCCAUAGCGGUGGGAGCAGCUCUGGCAGGAGUACUUGCUCUAGUGUUGCUGGCUUAUUUUAUUGGCCUCAAGCGCCAUCAUACUGGAUAUGAGCAGUUUUAGGACCUGCAAUCCAAUUGAUUAUAUUAUAAAAUACAUUCAAAGAACGAGGUUUUCUUGCCUGUCAGUGCUCCUUAAAACACAC